GUCGCCAGUCCACCUGUUCCGGGACAGAAGUUUCCCUGCAAGGUCCGAAAGAAAUCACUAUCCAUUCAUUUCACUAAUCCCCGUCAGCUGUCAGCCGUCUUUUAAAAAAUAAAAAACUGGGAACAGCUCGUAAACGUGUAUAACCAUGGAUGAGUGCUGUCUGUCUGCUGAAGACGUGGAGAGACUGAGGAUACACAGAGAAAUAGAGAGACAGCUUCGUCGUGAUAAAAGAGACUCUCAUCGGGAGCUGAAACUUCUUCUUUUAGGGACUGGUGAAAGUGGGAAGAGCACUUUCAUCAAACAAAUGAGGAUCAUCCAUGGCAGUGGAUACAGUGAAGCUGACAGGAAAGGUUUCACUCGGCUGGUGUUUCAGAACAUCGUCACAGCCAUCAAGGCUCUGAUCGACGCCAUGAAGAGUCUACACAUUGAUUACAUCGAUGACCAGAACAUUAGCUACGCGGAGAAGCUGAGCCAAGUGGAGGCAGACCAGGUGUCCACUUUGCAGUCCUGGCAGGUGGAUGCCAUUAGGAGAGUGUGGAAUGACCAUGGUAUUCAAAGGUGCUAUGAUCGCAGGAGGGAAUUCCAGCUAUCUGACUCUGCCAAAUAUUACUUCACCGAUUUGGCCAGGAUCUCAGACGCCCAAUACAUCCCCACUCUGCAGGACAUCCUGAGGGUCAGGGUUCCCACCACAGGCAUCAUUGAGUACCCGUUUGACCUAUCAAAAGUUAUCUUCAGGAUGGUAGAUGUGGGUGGUCAGCGAUCAGAGAGGAAGAAAUGGAUCCAUUGUUUUGAGAAUGUCACCUCUGUCAUAUUCCUGGCGGCUCUCAGCGAGUACGAUCAGGUCCUUUUCGAGAGUAACAAUGAUAAUCGUAUGAGAGAGAGCCUCGCUUUGUUCAAGACCAUUCUCUCAUACCCGUGGUUCCAAGAGUCCUCCACCAUCCUCUUCCUGAACAAAACAGACCUGCUACUGGAGAAAAUCACAAAGUCUCAUUUGGCAACCUACUUCCCGGAAUAUACUGGGUCCCAGGGCGACGCUGAAACUGCAAAAAAGUUCAUCUUGCAAAUGUAUGUGGAGAAUCACGCCGGGCGCCACAAACCCCUUUACUCACACUACACCUGUGCCACAGACACGGAGAGUAUCCGGGUUGUCUUCAAAGCCGUCAAAGAUACACUCUUCAGAGAAAACCUUGAAAAGUUCAACCUGGAAUAGACGAGGUUGUAAGACACAGUGACUAUUUCUUGUUUAGCAGCAAGGAAACCAGUUACAGUCAUAUGUUGUAAUGCUUUUAUGGACAUUUUAUCUGUAAUGUGCUGUCGGUUGAAGCUGCUUCAAAAACAUCAAAGAGAGGCAAUUAGACAGCAGUGUCAGAUAAGGCACAUUUGUCUCAGUACUGUACCAGACAGUACAGUAUGUGCCACUUUUUGCACCAACACUGUUCAUCAUGAAAUGCUUAAAAAAAACAACCCACAUUUUGUACGUCUACCUAACUGCAUUUCCAGUUAUUUGUUCUACUUAACUGUUACAGACAGGUUUCUUUAUACCAUUACUGUUUGACAGAGAACCAGUAAAUGGUAUCAAACUGGUUCGACCAAGUCUUAUCUAGUAAGAAUGCAAACCACCCUGCCUUACAGCUCUGGGAGGAGGAAGUAAAAGAAGUUAGUUUUCUUUACUUCCUUAGUUUAUAUUUAUGCUAAUCUGUACAACGACAAGUGAAGGA